UUUUUGCUGUGCAAUGGGGUCAAAAACUCAAGGUGAAGUUGGGAAAAAUUAAAAGCCAUAGAAGAUAAGCCACCUGCAGAAUUAACCCAAGAGCCUGCUUAAGCUGGAAAGCAGAUUGGAAAGAAGCAGCUGGAAAAGUGAGAGGAAAACUGAAUGUUUGUAAUCUUGGAAGCCAUUUGAGAAUGGAGCCCACUUGGUAUACUAGCAGAUGAAGAAUUUAAGGAGGAUGUCUAUCUUUAUUCUCUUUAGCAACUGAGAGUCGGCUCUGGAAACCAUCAGGCACCAUGGGAAAGCGGGACAAUCGGGUGGCCUAUAUGAAUCCUAUAGCAAUGGCCAGAUGGAGGGGCCCAUCUCAAUCUGCAGGCCCCACAAUACAAGAUUAUCUGAAUCGACCAAGGCCCACCUGGGAAGAAGUGAAGAAACAAUUAGAAAAUAAAAAGAAAGGCUCCAAGGCAUUAGCUGAAUUUGAAGAAAAAAUGAAUGAGAAUUGGAAGAAGGAACUAGAAAAAAGCAGAGAGAAAUUAUUAAGUGGAAAUGAGAGCUCAUCCAAAAAAAGAGAAAGAAAGAAAAAGAAAAAGAAGAAAUCUUGUCAGUCUUCAUCUUCUUCUACAUCAAGCUCUGAUUCUUCAAGCAGUUCUUCCGAUUCUGAGGAUGAGGAAAAGAAACAAGGAAAAAAGAGCAAGAAAAAGAAGAACUGUUCAUACAAAUCAUCAGAAAGCUCUACAUGUGAAUCUGAAUCAGAGAGCAAAGAAUCUGUAAAAAAGAAAAAGAAGUCAAAGGAUGAAACAGACAAAGAAAAGUAUAUUAGAAGUCUCAGCAAAAAAAGAAAGAAGACUUGUCCUGAGGAUAAACCUUUAUCAUCAGAGUCCUCAUCAGAAUCAGAUUAUGAAGAGGAGGUACAAGCAAAAAAGAAGAGAAGACAUGAAGAGCGAGAAAAAGCAAAGGAAAAAGCAAAGAAGAAGAAGAAGAAACAGCACAAAAAACAUAGUAAGAAGAAGAAAAAGAAGUCAGGUUCAAGUCACAAGUCCGGAUAAUAUCAAGAAAAAAAGCAAGAUUUCCCUAUUGAAAAAAGCAAGUGUAAAGGAAAUUCAGCUGUGAAUGUUAGGGCAUAUUUACAAAAAUGCAUGAGUUUCCCUGUGUUAGUAGAAUUAUUCCUGGACUUUGAGUUGCCAGUCAAAUGCUACUGUGCCAGAAAGGGCCAUAAUUGUUGCCUGCAGCUUAAAUGUAGGAUUUUGGGUUUUUUUGUGUGUUUUUCCCUCCACUGGCUAAUUCUUCUGAGAGCAAAACUGUGUUGUUAUAGUAGUGGUUAAAAUGUUUGGAAUUAAAGUAAAAUGUUUUAGAUGGUAAAUAAUUUUGACCAAACAGUGGAUCUAAUGUUAAAAGUAUCGAAUUUGGCUACAUCUUUAAAAUAUAAUCAGAAAUAUCCAGGCGACAAUAGCUGACAUUUUUGAAGCAUGGACUUAACAUUGUCUCAAAAUACUUACUUUUGAAGAUGAAAAGUUUAGUUUAGUUUUCUUUUCUCCUUAAUGAAAUUUUGUUUACAUGGGGAAAGGGUUUGUGGGGGAAAAAGAGUUUGCUCUCACUUUGGCGAGCUGAAUAGUGUGCCUUUGAUCCUUACACAUCCUAUUUUUGCCAGUGCAGCAGCCAUUCUUUUAUUACUUAGUAAUAUAUGCUGUUUCACAUGAAAAAGAAAGACAGCAAUUUACAGUAUAUGUAAGGCCCCAGUUUUAUGAAAUUUACCUCCAUUUCGACAGUACUGAAUAAUAUUUAGUGUUAGAGUGUUACACGAUUUGAAUUAACUUUGAUACCCUUUGGAGGGGAAUAAUUUUAAAUAGACCCUGGUAUUUUUUGAUUAAUAAAGAUUCUGAAAUAUUUUGCAUGCUAUAUACUAUUAAGUUUUGAUUAUCCAGAGAUAUUCUAUAUAACCAGUAAUCCUUUUUUAUAUGAUUUAUGCUUAGGAUACAAGUUUCAAGUUUGUAAUUUCUUAAUCUUACUAUCUUAAUUUCAUGACUGUGUUUAAUUGCACACUUGCCAAAAUAUUUAGCAUGUAAAAAGAAGGUUUUUAAAAAAUAUUUAAUGCCUUCAUAUUGAAGCUGGUUUACUGUAAGCAAGUUGAGUGCCAGACCUUUAGUACGCUGUAUGUCUUGUUACAUAAAACUACUGCCAAAAUCUUAGCAACUAUGCUGUUUAGAAAUUUCUUGUCUUAAGCAUUAAUAUUGAAUUAAAAUAGGAGUUAAAUUUAGGAGAUUAUAAUCUUUCUGUUUCACAUUUUACUAACAUUUGGAGUUUGUUGCCUUGUGUUUGUUGCUGAAUCACGUUUGCCACUAUGCUGAAAUAAGUUGAAAUUUAUUUUUACUCUACAUUUUUUAUAUCAGAGUAAUAUGAAUUAUAAAUUGAUGUCUAACAAAAGCACCUGUUACAGAGGAUGUGCUAAUUGUAAUGUCAUAUGUACAAAGUAU